CGGGAGCAUGAGUGUGGGAAGGAUCAACCGCUACAGCAUCGUGUCGUCCGAGGAGGAGGGCCUCCGCCUCACUACCAUGCAUGGCAUGAACGGCUUUGGCAACGGCAAGAUCCACACGCGCCGCAAGUGCCGCAACCGCUUCGUCAAGAAGAAUGGCCAGUGCAACGUGCAGUUCGCCAACAUGGACGACAAGUCGCAGCGCUACAUGGCCGACAUCUUCACCACGUGCGUCGACAUCCGCUGGCGCUGGAUGCUGGUAGUCUUCACCCUCGUGUUUGUGGUGUCCUGGCUCGCCUUCGGCUUGGCGUUUUGGGUCAUCGCCUUGCUGCACGGCGAUCUGGACAACCCGGCCGGAGACGACAACUUCACCCCGUGCGUCCUGCAGGUCAAUGGAUUCGUGGCUGCCUUUUUAUUCUCCAUCGAAACGCAGUCGACCAUCGGCUACGGCUACCGCUGCGUGACGGAGGAGUGCCCCGUGGCCGUCUUCAUGGUCGUCUUCCAGUCCAUCGUGGGCUGCAUCAUCGACUGCUUCAUGAUCGGCGCCAUCAUGGCCAAGAUGGCCCGGCCGAAGAAGCGAGCGCAGACUCUGCUGUUCAGCCACAACGCGGUCAUCGCCAUGCGGGACGGGAAGCUGUGCCUCAUGUGGAGGGUGGGGAACCUCCGCAAGAGCCACAUUGUGGAGGCCCACGUCAGGGCGCAGCUCAUCAAGCCCCGGAUAACCGACGAGGGGGAGUACAUCCCUCUGGACCAGAUAGACAUCAACGUGGGCUUCGACAAAGGCCUGGACAGAAUCUUCUUGGUUUCGCCCAUCACCAUUCUCCACGAGAUCGACGAGGAGAGCCCACUGUUUGGGAUCAGCAAGCAGGACUUGGAGACGGCGGACUUUGAGAUCGUGGUCAUCUUGGAGGGGAUGGUCGAGGCGACCGCCAUGACCACGCAGGCUCGCAGCUCCUACUUGGCCUCCGAAAUCCUCUGGGGUCACCGGUUUGAGCCGGUCUUGUUCGAGGAGAAGAACCUCUACAAGGUGGAUUACUCUCACUUUCACAAAACCUACGAGGUGCCGUCCACCCCCCGCUGCAGUGCCAAGGACAUGGUGGAGAACAAGUUCCUCGUCCCGAGCUCCAAUUCCUUCUGCUACGAGAACGAGCUGGCCUUCCUGAACCGCGAGGAGGAGGAGGAGGAAGAGGACGUGGGCGGCGGGAGCCGAGCGCUGGCGAACCUCAGUCCGGACCGGAACAGCCGGCACGAGUUUGAACGUUUACAGGCCACCAGGGCACUGGACCAGAGGUCAUACCGGAGAGAGUCAGAGAUAUGACCUCGACCCGCUGACCCGGGGUCACGCUUCAGUAACUUUAUAAAAGGGUAAAAAUGCAGAGCAAUGCAACGUGCCAUAGGAAAAGCUGACUACUGUGAAAGAGUGUAAAACUAAUAGGACACCAAAAAAAGGGACUUAACUGGAAGGAGUGGGACAUAGCGAGAGUGCACAGCUUAGACAACUGUGGUAAGGAAUGUCUACAAUUAAGGAAAAGGCAGAGAAAGACCUUCUUCCUUCAUGGAAACUUGAAUCUUUUUUCACCCGGUCAUCAUUUUGAGUUGAGAGUGUUUAUUGAAAG